AUGACGACAGAUGCGUAUCCUCCAGAGCGAUUGCAGGUUCUCAUUUCCAACGUAUCUUCGGAGGAUGAACAAGUCGGAUUGUCCGUAGUCUCUGACUCCCCGAAAAACUCAUCACAAUCAAGGCAGAAUACGAGCGACAUUCGUUGUGCCAAGGGCUUUGGGAGGGAAGUUUUCGUCGGGUGUGGAGAUGGCUCGCUAUUGCGAUAUGUCCUACGCAAUGAUGGCCCUAGCACUGGUGAUGCAUAUAUGCUAGCGUCUCGGCAUCUAGUUCCAACUAAAAAGGCUGUUGAAGCUAUCGAGAUAGUUCCAUUUAUUGGGAAACUCCUUGUCCAGACCAGUGGCACAUUACUCUUCUAUUCGUUUCCGUCUUUGGAACUGUUGCCGCAUAUGGGCCCGUUGCGGGGCAUUGUCUCCUUUUCUCUCGAUCAGUCAGACACACGUCGGAACCAACAACCUCCCCAGAAGUCGAGCUCGUCAUGGAACGCUACCACUGGAAGGAAUGCGCAUCAAGAAUUUAUAGCAUUGAGCGUUCUGCGCGAAAAAUCCCUGAAUUCCUUUAACCUGGCGAGGGAUCGAAUUGUACCAGGUAGGGAGCUCCCGUUAGGGAGCCACACGGCCUUGAAGCGCUCAGAUCUCUUUGUUUGUAUCGCUGACUCGGAGCACUACGCAAUUGUCGAUCUUCAGCAUGCGUCCUAUGAUAAAGUUUCUCAAACGCAGGGAAUGUCUCCGCUGAUUGAGGUUGUUUCGCCGGGGGAAUUUAUUUUCUGUAUGUUAACCGGCGAUACAACAACAGGACUAUUCCUGGAUGGUGGAGGCAAUCCAACCAAGCCACCAGUCGAAUGGCCAGCUUACCCAUUGUCGAUAUGUGUUGAUUCACCCUUCCUCUACGCGUUGCUUCCCAACCGUUCCAUACACAUCCAUUCUCUCGAAACCCUCACUGUCGUUCGCAUCCUCCCUCCACCACUGCAUUCUUCGCAACUUUCUUCCAUAUCGCCAUGCUCUCUAUUCAUCCCGUACAGUGAUCGUGCCAUCUUGCUCCAGAAGGUACCUUUUGCUUUGCUCCCGGCAGCCUCGCCACUGCCAAAAAACCCUCUUCGAACGCUUUCCACUCCUGAGACCAGAGAAGUAUUGAAGGCAACUGUCGCCCUAGAGUCGAGGUGCUUGGUUUUUGGAAGAGAUAAUUUGAUGGCUGCAGUUCCUUCGACUCUGUUUUCAAGAGCGGAGGCUUUGCUUGAGGAGUCAAGGAUUGAUGAUUACGAGAAGCUUGUGAGAAGUUGUCUCGAUGGGCUCGUCGGUGGUUCAGAGCUGGCCACAGACGUUGCAUACAUGUACGCUCGCUUGGCUCUGAAGUGCAUUUCUGCGACUCUCUUCGAUGACGCUGCAGAUCAUUUUCUCAAAUCAUCCCUUGAUCCCCGAAUACUGAUACACAAUGUUCUUAUAUUUAGAGGUGUUGCCGAACAGCUGAGUCCGUUUCAAACCAUUGAGGAUAUAAUUAUGAACAAUUUAGUCAAGAAUUAUUCCCCCAUCAAACCUUCAGUGCGGAGUGCUCCCUCAACAAGCGAGCUGGAUGCAGUUCUCAAUGACAGUGCGCGAGUGAUGCUACUGCGCUAUCUGAGGCGGUUUAGAGAGGAAAGAAUCAGUGAAAGGUUUGUCAGAGGCAGCUCACAGACAAGUGAAGAUGAAAAAAAGUUGGACCGAAUCGUCGAUACCGUCCUCUUCAAACUUAUUGCGACCAACGUCCCCAUGGGCUUGUCCUCAGCAGAACUUAAUGAGCUCAUUGAGACUUCUUUCGAUAAUCUUGUCAUUGACGAGAUCGAGCCAAUUCUAAUUCACUAUGGUCUUAUUGCCAUCCUGCUCGACUUCUACAAGAAAGCGAGGAAUGAGCGCAAGUUGCUGCAGGUUUGGGCGCACCUUGCCUCUGGAGAAUGGAAUGACCCUUCUGUUUAUAAUCCAAGAGGAGAAAUUGUUCAGCUGCUGACAAUUACAACAGAUCUUUCGCUUAUCAGCGAGUGGAGUACGUGGCUGGCAAAACACGAUCCUUUAGCUGCUUUCUCCCUACUUACGUCCCAACCACAAAGAACGAAAAGAGCUCUGAAGCUUGACGAGCAUGCUAUCCUACGCACAUUCCGAGCAGCGAAUCCCUUGCUUGCAGAACAGUACUUGGAAUACCUGGUGCUUAACAGAGGUAUUCAGGACUCUGAUUUCCACACUGAGCUGGCUGCUAAAUACCUGGCCGGCGUUGUGUCCGCUUUCCACGACGAGAGCGUGGUGGGAGCGUUCAAGAUUCUCACAAACGAUUAUGCUGAAUUGGCGAGCCCGCGACCUCCGUUCUUACUCUAUCUCGCGUCUGUGGAUGUUCCCCCACCUCCUACACCUCCAUCCUCAUUCUCUACAGCGAAGACAACCAGGAUCAAGCUUGUGCUGUUUCUGCAGGGCUCCGGAGCGUAUGAUGUGAGGAUUAUCCAGAAAGGAAUAAACGAUAACGCCAAGUUGAGAGACUUGUUGGCGAUUGAAAGGGCUAUUUUAGAUGGAAAGAUGGGGAAUGACCGUUCUGCUCUUUCUCAUCUUGUCUCCCUGAAAGAUUUCGUGUCGGCAGAGACUUACUGCGUCCUCGAAGGUAUUGUCAUCCCGAGAAAGGUCGGGCUCGAUAUUGGAAGGGGCGAGGGCUUGCUUGCUUGGGCAGAGCUUCUCCCUGCUAGAAGCGAGAAUAGUAAGGAUGGCUCGAGGGUGGCUAGUCAAGCAGCACGGACGAAAGCACUGCUGCGGAUACUUAUGGAAAUUUACACGAGAGGCGGGAGGGACAUGAUCUCAAAGGAGACAGCUGACUUACUCAACUCACAAGCCGUGAAUCUUGACGUCCUCGAUGUGCUAACAAACGUACCGCCCUCCUGGCCACUUUCAACGAUAUCCGCUUUCCUUUCUCGGUCAACUAGGCGAACUCAGCACGAAGCCCACGAUAAGAUGAUCAUCAAGGGCCUUAGCUGGGGUCAAAAUUUGCGGGUGACUGAUCGUGCUUAUACUCUCAUUAGAGAACAAGGUGGUAUGAUCGAAGAAGCGAACCCCGAAGAAGACCUUAGCGAAAGUGGAGGCCCAGACGAGAAGGACGUAUUGGUUGUCGGGAGCAUGACUAGUGUGGGGAGGCUUGCAAAGAAAGAGGGUAUUGACCUGGCUCGAGAGGACGUGCUCAGUUCUGAGGUAUCGUCGACUGGCUGA